GGAACCUACACCGGGGCCCUCGUCUCGGUCCCAAGCCGCACAUCAGGCCCUAGCGCUUUGCUUGUUCACACAUAACAUCGACAAUCUUCUUGCAAGAUUACGCCCCGGACUAAUCUUGAGAUAAAGAACCUAGACAAGAAGGGCUCAAUCCCCCCGGUCUCUUGAUACCUGAUACAUGCACUCAUAGUCAACCAUGGCUCCUCACCCCUUCAAGAUCCUCAGUAUCGAGGAAACCACCAUCACCCGCGAUGUCAUCCUCUCCUUACACCCAGAUGUCGUUGUAGACUUCCGCGAGAUCUUCCUACAGGAGCCAGAGAAAGAGCUAAUGAAGCAAUAUCUCGAUGUCGAGCACGCAGCAGAGACUGGACAGUCACAAACUUCAAAACGACCACCUCGACUAGCCAAGUGCCAGUACGACGUUGUUGGAUCCGACAGGAUUCCUGAGUACCACGAGUCAGUCAUUGACGUUGAACAGAAGAAGAGAGUCCGGCAUGAGGUCGUGGGUAAAGAGAAGCAGGCGAGCUUGACGCUCUGGGAGUUCCAGCAUCUGCUUGCUGCGUGUAAGAAAAGUGAGAUGUUCCAGAAAGCAAUCGCCGAGUUCAAGCUGCCAGAGGGAUUUGAGCUUGUCGUUGAGCCAUGGCCUUAUGGCGGGCUCGACAUUGGUGCUGAGAGCCGAAGAUACUUCCAAGGACUAUGCUUUGCGCAGGACACAAGAAAUGAGAAUGCCGACUCUAACUUUUACGCAUAUCCACUUCCGCUUAUCCCCGUCAUGGAUGCACAUACGAGGGAGAUUGUUCGUAUCGAUCGCUUGGCAACAGGCGGGAAGGGUGACAGUCUGACCGGCCAGACUCACUCUGAGCGGAUUCUUGAUCAUUGUCAGUCGGCUGAGUACGUUCCCGAAUUGGUGCCUGGUGGCACAAGGCAGGACGUCAAGCCCAUCAAUAUAACCCAGCCAGAAGGUCCUUCGUUCAGCGUUACGGACGAAUCGUUAGUCGAGUGGCAGAAGUGGAGUUUCCGAGUUUCAUUCAAUCCACGCGAAGGCGCUGUCUUACACGACGUUCACUACGAUGGGCGGAGCAUUCUCUACCGUAUGAGCAUCAGCGAGAUGUCGGUUCCAUAUGCUGACGCACGGCCACCCUUCCAUCGCAAGCAAGCCUUCGACUUCGGUGACGGAGGUGCAGGAAAUUGCGCUAACAACCUUUCGCUUGGCUGUGACUGUCUUGGUGUAAUCAAAUACUUCGAUGCAGUCAUUGUGAGUUCAGACGGCGAGCCCAAGGUGCAUCCCAAUGUUGUUUGUCUGCAUGAGCAGGAUAAUGGUAUUGGCUGGAAGCACACAAACUGGAGAACGGGCCGCGCAGUUGCCACUCGCAUGCGCGAGCUUGUCGUUCAGUUUAUCAUCACGCUCGCAAACUACGAGUAUGUAUUCGCGUACAAGCUCGACACAGCUGGUGGCAUCACGCUUGAAGUCCGAGCCACAGGUAUCGUCUCAGUGGUCAACAUUGACCCUGGUAAGACGUCGGAUUAUGGAAACGUCGUCUCGGGUGGUGUCCUUGCACAGAACCAUCAACACAUCUUCGCUGCUCGCAUCGACCCCGCCAUCGACGGACACAAAAAUACAGUAGUUUACGAGGAAUCCCACACUGCACAAUGGAAUAAAGUAACUAACCCCAACGGCAACCUAUAUGAGAUCCGCAAAACCGUCGUCGAAAAAUCAAGUGGUGUAGACGCGAACCCAUUCGACCACCGCGUCUUCAAGAUCAUCAAUUCCUCGAAGAAGAACCAAACAAGUGGCAAUCCAGUUGGCUACAAGUUUACUCCGCUGCCGACGCAGAAGUUGCUUGCAAGCCCAGGAAGUAUUCAGGCGCAACGAGCACUGUUUACAAACCAUCAUGUCUGGGUAACCAAGUACCAGGACGAUGAAUUGUAUGCUGCCGGACGGUUCACGUUGCAGAGCCAACUUGAGCAGGGCGGUGUGCAUGACAUGGCUGCAAGGAAGGACGAUGUCGCUGACGAAGACUUGGUGGUCUGGAAUGUAUUCGGGCUGACGCACAACCCGCGAGUUGAAGACUGGCCGGUCAUGCCGGUGGAAAUUUACCAGCUACACUACAAGCCGAGCGACUUCUUUGACCGCAAUCCGGCAAUCGAUGUACCGAGCACAAAGAACAACGCUUCAGUGCUGGUUGGCAAAGAUUGCUGCUCUGGGACGGAGAAGGCUUGACGGUGCUAGUGAACAGACUCCGAUUCUAGUGUGGAUGUAUGACGUACAAAGUUUUUCACGAAUGCUUUCGACGGAAAACCUAGUUUCAAUCCAUAUUUUGGUCAAUUUCUAUUCACAAAAUCCAAAAUAGAGCCAAGCUCUGAAACGCUAUAAGAUAUCAUAAGCUCAUAUAAGUCAAAUGGAAUUCUUUCAGCUAUUCCCUAUGUACUCGGCUUUGCUGAUAUGCGCCUGCAAGUCUAGGCCAUGAGUAUACCAUGCGUGUCCUGGAGUGGGUCUAGAUAGCUUGAGAAUACACACACUUAUCUGUUUAGGAAAUAUGUUCAGUAAGCGAUAAGAUACUU